UUGGUAGUGCUUCAGCAGUAGAUAAACAUUAGUACUAUCAUUUUGCUCCCCUUGUUGAUAUUCUCUUGAAAUAUUGACCAACGUAGAAGCAACGCCAAGAUGCCUAAAGGAAUAAAAUUAUGUGGCACAAAAGGAAAACCAAACAAAAACUUACCUGAAAAAAUGAUCAUGGGAGCAGAUGGUUUUGGUACAAAAUCUGUGAUUUCAAGAACUUAUGAACAUAUGGGGUUGAAUGAAUAUGAUAGAGGAGAUAAAGGACAUCCAAGGAUUCUAUCGAUUGUAGCAUCAGUUGUUGAGAGGUUAGUUCAAAAGAAUGAGAAAGCGCUGAAAGGAUCGAAAGAGAAAGGUGUUGUGACUGUGUUUCAUGGCACAAGAGCCCCUGUCUUGACAGUUCAGCAGUACAUUGAACGCAUUUUUAAGUACUCCAACUGCAGCCCUUCUUGUUUCGUGGUUGCAUAUGUAUACUUGGAGAGAUUCCUCAAUCUGACUGGUUGUUUACUGACGUCUCUUAAUGUUCACCGGCUUCUCAUCACUAGCAUCAUGUUGGCUGUCAAGUUUGUUGAUGAUGACUGCUACAACAAUGCUUAUUAUGCAAAAGUAGGAGGAAUAACCACAGCAGAACUGAACAAGCUGGAGAUGAAAUUCUUGGCAGCCCUUGAUUUCCGACUGCACGUAAGUGUUGAGAGCUUUGAUAAGUACUGCUUGCAGCUAGAGAAAGAAGCCAAUGUGAAAUUACAGAUGGAUCGACCUAUCCGAAUUUUUGCAUGGGGAAAGGGCUUGGUAAACAAAGACAUAUCGAAUUGUUCACCUACAGUUGGAGGAUACACUUGUAGAGCUUUCUAGGUGUAGAGAUCCAAUAGACAGGCCUGAAGAGGAUUAGAAAAAUCUUCUCAACUGUGUACCUGUCUUGGGAGAAUCACGAAGGUAUUGAAUAUUAACUGCUGGUUUAUGCCUGAACUAUAACUUUUCUUUA